AUGGCAGAAGCACCAGCAACUCCCAUCAACCCGGCCUCAAAACCUAAGAAAACUACCAAAAAGAAAGCAGUCCCCUGGGACCGUGAUGGCGUGGAUGGUGGUAAUAGUAGCAUGGAUAUCGUUCUGGAAUGGCUCUCAUCUGAUUCCAACUACCAACAAUGGAGGGGAGAUCUUGAGGAAGGAAAGACAAAGAAGUCGUUGUGCUCUGAAAUUCUUCAGAUUAUGAUUGUGAGUGGGAUCACCCACCGCAUCACUCAAAAGAUCAGCGAUCUCCAGUCCUUGUACAACACUGCUCGCGACUGGAAGAGGAACACUGGGGCAGGAAUUCUUGAAAGUGAUGCGGUCAAUGGUGUCAAGACUGUCGAGGUCGGUCGCUCAAGCACGAAGAACAGAAAGGGGCAAAAGAAGGCAAAUCCCGAAGAAUUUUACAUGAAAUCGGUGAUAGUGAAGAGGCAGGCAGAAAUGACUAAAGCCCGAGCUGAAGCGUCAAAGGCCAAAGUGAGCUACAUGAUGGAGUUGAGAGAGCUUGGGCUUGAAUAUUCAAAAAUCAAAAAGGCAGUCGAUGAAGAGUUCCCUGCCAUCCCUGACAUUCUUGCAGAUUCCCAGGAGGACGAAUCAGACUCAGAUGAAGAUAGUUCCUAG